AUGGCGCGUGUUUUCGGUUUUUCUGUUGUUUCAACAAUGAGUUUCCAGAAAUGUUACAUAUUUCUUCUAUUCUUCGUUGUCUUCAAUACUGCAAAUAUUCACGGAAAAGAAGUAUGUUUUUAAAAUCCUUUUUUUCAUAGUUCUGCGGAUUUUCAGAUUAUAAGUGAGUGCAUAAAAAAACAACUAACUUUCGCUCAAGACAAUGUGACAAAAGAAGGAUUCAUCCACACCCCAGAUCCGCUACGUUACUUUAAAAGUUGGUUUUAUGAGUUUAAGUUUUGAUUUUUCUUGCUAAAAAUAGUAUCAUCGGAGAUUUCUGAAAUCUUUAAUUUUUGUGAUUUUGAAUCAUUAGCGUUUCUCUCAACUGAAUUAUAGUGAUUGGCCAACACCUAAAGGAUAUUAUCACGCAAAAAAAUGAUCACAAAAAUGACUAUUUUUCUUAUUUUUAUCCAUUAAAUGUUGCGUUGAUAUUUAGCAGGAGAUGCCCGCUACAGUAUCCCCAAGCCUUGCGCUCUCUUUGCGCGGCGAGACCCGCGCAUUUCUGUUUUCUAUUGUUUUUCAAUUGAAAUAAGAAUGCGUGCUUCAUUUUCGCUGAUGUAUUUGUUUGAAGUGAUGCCUUAUGAAAUUCAGAAUGAGUAACUUUACGCAAAUUACGAAAAUUCUUUAUUUUUAGCUUUAUAAGUUAUUGAAAAGCCCUAAAGCAGCCGCAACUUCAAGUUUUAGUAGCUUUUUGUGAUUCUUUUGAUUCUGGACACUCAUUGAUCAAAUAUUGUAUCGUUCAAAUUUAGAGAAUGCGAGAAUAAAUUGACUAAUCAUGGUUUUUCACACCAAACAUUUUGAAGACCUUUGAAUUCUCUUGUUUCGAAUCGUUUUUAGCUCAAGAAAAUGAAUUUUUAGGGUCGGCCAUCACUUGAAUAUCAUUUUAGUGCAAAAAAAGUUAGGGAAAUAUUUACAAUUUUCUUAUUUUUAUCUAUCAAGUGAUGCGGGGACAUUUAGCAGGAAGAUGUUCGCUACCGUAUCCCCAAGCCUCGCAUUCUGCUUUCGCUGCGAGAACCACGCACUCUUAUUUCGCACUGUUUCUCAAAUAUAUUAAGAAAACUAGCUUCUUUUUCAUUUAUUUUCUUUUUUGUAUCGAUACCCUAAACAUUUUAUAAGCAGCAACUUGCGGGAAAUCAUGAAGAUGUAAAAUUUUGACCUUAUAAGCUCUUGCGAAGCUUGGAUCCAGCCAGAAAUUAGAGAUUUAGUAGUUUUUUUUUUUGAUAUUCUUUCCGGUCUGGAUAUUUUUGAAGUUUUUAUUUUACCCUUCGAGUCUGAUAAUGCGAAUGAAAUCAGUGAUUCUCAGCUUUUUCCCUCUAAAGUUUUAGAAUUCUAUGAAUUUUUUUUUGUUUGGAAUCGUUUUUAGCUGUAUAAAACGAAUUUUCAGGGUCGGCCAUCAUUUGAAUACCAUUUUAGUGAGAAAAACUGAACUGAAAUAUCUACAGUUUUCUUAUUUUUUUUAUCUAUCAAGUGAUGCGGUGACAUUUAGCAAGAGAUGUUUGCUACCGUAUCCCCAAGCCUCGCAUUCUGCUUUCGCUGCGAAACCCGCGCACUUUUGUCUUCUAUUGAAUUUCAAUUAAAUUAAGAACGCGUACUAUAUUUUCGCUCAGGUCUUUGUUUCAAAUGAUGCCUUAUGAAGUUAAGAAUGAGUAACUUUAUGCAAAUCAUGAAAAAUAUUUAUUUUGCAGCCUUAAAAGUUAUUGCAAAGCUUGCAAGCAGCCGGAACUUAGAGAUUUAGUAGUUUUUUUUGAGAUUUUUUCGGGCCUGGAUAUUUUUUAAAUGUUUUAUUGUUCCAUUCGAGUUCAAUAGUGCAAAAAAAAUCAGUGAAUUUCAGCUUUUUUCCACUUAAAUUUUAGAAUUCUAUGAAUUUUCUUGUUUUGAAUAAUUAUUAGUUCUCAAAACUGAAUUAUUCGGGUCGACCAUCACUUGAACAACAUUUUAGUGAAAAAAACUGGACGGAAAUAUGUACAGUUUUCUUAUUUUUAUCCAUCAAGUGAUGCGCCGACAUUUAACAGGAGAUGUCCGCUACCGUAUCCCCAAGCCUCGCAUUCUGCUUUCGCUGCAAAAUCCACGAACUUCUAUUUCGCACUGUUUUUCAAAUAAGUUAAGAAAGAUGGCAUCUUUUUCGCUGAUUUUCUUUUUUGUAUCAAUACCUCAUACAUUUUUCAAGCAGCGAAUUUCAGUAAAUCAUGAAGAUUUUAUAUUUUUAGCCUUAAACGUUAUUUCAAAGCUUGAAAGCAGCAAAAACUUGGAGUUUUAGGAGCAUUUUUGUGAUUCUUUGGGGCCCGGACAUUUUUUUAAUUCUUUUAAUGAAAACCGUUCCAAUUCAAUAAUGCCAAAAAAUUAAUUAAUCACAGCUUUCUCAAAUUAGAACUUUUGAAAUUCUCUAAAAUUUUUCUGGUUUUGAAUAAUUAUUAGUUCUUAAAACUGAAUUGUUAGGGUCGGCCAUCAUUUGAAUAACAUUUUAGUGCAAAAAACUGGACAUAAAUAUCUACAGUUUUCUUAUAUUUAUCCAUCAAGAGACGCGCCGACAUUUAGCAGGGAGAUGUCCGCUACCGUAUCUCUGAGCCUCGCCCUCUCUUUUCGCUGCGAAACCCAUGCACUUCUUUUUCGCAUUUUUUUUCAAUUAAAUUAAGAAAACUAGUUUUUUUUUCGUUAAUUUUCGUUUUUGUAUCAAUACCUCAUACAUUUUUCAAGCAGCGACUUUCGGUAAAUCAUGGAAGUUGGAAAGUUUUUGACCGUAUAUGCUUUUGCAAACCCAGAACUUAGAGAUUUAGUAGUUUUUUGGGAUUCUUUCUGGCCUGGAUAUUUUUUGAGUUUAUUUUUGUACCAUUCGAGUUUGAUAAUGCGAACAGAAUCAGUGAAUCACAACUUUUUCCCACUAAAGUUUUAGAAUUCCACAGUUUUACUGCUUUGGAUCGUUUUUAGCUCUAGAAAAUGAAUUGUUAGUUUCGGCCAUGACCUGAAUUACAGUAGAGUGCGAAAAAAUGAUCCAAAUUAUAUAUAGUUUUCUUAUUUUUAUCCAUCAAGUGAUGUGCUGGCAUUCAGCAGGGAGAUGUCCGCUACCGUAUCCCCACGCUUCGCUUUCUGUUUUCGCUGCGAGACCCGCGCACUUCUUUUCCGCGCUGUUUUUCCAUUAAAUUAAAAAUACGUGAUUUAUUGUCAGGGAUUUUCUUGGUCUAUCAAAUGCUCUGUAAACAUGUAGAUGAGAUACUAUAGUUGAGAGAAAAAAAAAUUUCAUUCACUAAUGGCGUAAAAUUACUCUUACAGCAAGCAAGCUUUUGGGGAUUUGCUUCAUCUCUAGGCAUCUGAAAACUUUUUUUUUCAGUUCUGGGAAUCACUCGGACCUGUCUGGUGUUCUUCGGAAUGCUGAAAGUCAACUCGACGGACAGCCUCGAGGAAGCCGAAAAAUUGAUGCCCAGCGACUAUUUCACGCAGAAAUUGAACGGCUCUACCGCCUGCAAGCACCUCGUCCCGAUGAUCACGCGUUUUCGAUAUGCUGACGACGUUGUUCGUUUUUGA